CCUUCUCUCUCUCUCUCUCUCUCUCUUCUCUCUCGAUUUCAAAUAAACCAGAGAAAAAAUGGUGGCCAAGUUCAUGAAGAAAAGCCCAAGCAAGUCCAUCGCCACCAAGCGCCGUCACCACCGCCGGUCCGCCGCGAAGAAAGCUGCGACCGCCGCCUCAACCGCCGUCCUCUCCUCGCUGAUCACUUGCCAGCGCCGCCUCAUCAAGCUCUUCAACAAACUAGCGCGUGUCGGCACGCCCAACCGCCACAAAGGCUUCAAGAUCCUCAAGAAGACAACCGCCCAAACCCCCGACCCGACUCGACCCGAAGAAGCCCCGGUUUGCCGCGCCCUCUUCUUCGCCGGAGGCCCGCUCCCGCCGCAGAUUUUGCCGGAGAAGAGGACGAUCGUCCUCGAUCUCGACGAGACCAUGGUCCACUCGCAGGCCGGAUCGCCGCCGGAGAAGUACGACUUCGUCGUCCGGCCGAGGAUCGACGGCAUGGUGUUGGAUUUCUACGUUCUGAAGCGGCCCGGAGUGGACGAGUUGCUGGAGAAGCUCGGCGAGAAGUAUGAGGUGGUGGUGUUCACGGCGGGGCUGAGGGAGUACGCUUCUUUGGUGCUGGACCGGUUGGACCGGAAGCGCGUGAUAUCCCAUCGCCUGUACCGCGACUCGUGCAAGGAGGUGGAUGGGAAGUUCGUGAAGGACUUGUCCGGCUUGGGAAGGGACUUGAGGCGCGUGGUGAUCGUGGACGACAAUCCGAACUCCUACGCGCUUCAACCGGAGAAUGGGGUACCGGUCCGGCCGUUUUUGGAUGACAUGGCGGACCGGGAACUGGGGAAGUUGGUGGAGUUUUUUGAAGGGGAGCAGUGUGGUUGCUGUGAGGAUAUGAGGGAUGCUGUGAAGAACUAUGUUGCUGCUGCUGGGGAAUGUGUUGCGAAAAAUGACGAAGAAUUCGCAACUUUGCAGACUUGAUUUCUUUGUUUUCUCCAUUGAUUUUCUGUUGUGUAAAGUUGAACAGGCAUGUUCAACUUCGAUUUGAAUUAAUUCUGAGUUCUCAUUCAGAUCAGUUGCCACAAA